AUGGUUACAGUUCCGACCGAGCUGAGGCCGCCCACUGCUUUGGUCACGAGCUCAGCUCUGGAAUCCAGGUGGUCCUGCUCAGGCCGGAGCUGCUUGUACACUUUACCGUCCUUCGGUGCCAUUUGGGCGGGAAGUUGGGUCGACAUCUGGGUAACGCUCUCCAAUCCUGCAUCGCCGCUGAAAGCGCAAAGCCCCGACAACGUGUGGCAGCUGAGGAUGCAGGCCGCCGGAUACCACACCACAAGCGUGCCUGCGCCAGUGGCUCCCUUCUCGCAGUCCCAUCUUCACGAUGCAGACGUCGAGCUGAGAGCAGGAGUGCCUGUGCUGGGCAUGCUGAGCCACACCUCCAUUCAGCCCAGCCGCUUUGCCGCCUCGCCUGCCAAUGGAUCGUUGGUGCCCAAUGAGCUGCAGGUCCUCUUCAUGCCAGAGCAAAGUGUUUGGGCUGGCAGGCUUGUUCUGCAGAUGCCAGAUGGUUUCACUGUGCCAUCGACUAACAUCUGCUCAGACCUACAUCCAUCACUUUAUUCUGCCGAUGGUGAGGGGCGCCGGGUGCUGGUGCUUCCAGGAAUCUGGUCGUGCGCAGCGGAGAGCAGGAGCCGCUUAAGCAUCGCAUUGGCUGGGGCACUAUUAGCCGGCAAAUACUAUGGCUUCCAGGCUCAGGUGUUCAAUCCUCGGAACUUGCUUUCCUCGCAAGAACCCUGGGUGCUGAUGACAGUGUCGGGUCAGGGUUACCCUGUAGAUGCAUCGGCUGCAAUUGGCCUGAGCCCACCAGGACCCAUGCACAGUUGUUGA